AUGCCGGUUGUAAACAGAGAGCUGGACCGCGCAUGGAACGUGGUGCGAGUCGUAGACGCCUGUGACAUAGGAGAAGCCCAGGUAAUUGAAGAUGCGCUAAACUUUGACGACGUGCUCUCCAAUACGAGCAGUGACGAAUCUGAGUGCGUUUUCAAGCCGAAUACGGCGGACAAUGGUGGCGGGCUGGAGAGCGAAGCAGAAGGGAGCGAAUAUGGACAGAGCACAUUUGUGCAGGCAGAUUCCGAGGAGUCUACAGUCCCGAAAGAACAUAGUGAAUGCGACAACCCCGUUGCAGGCAACGGAGAGCGCGCGACGCAUCCAGUAAGUCGAAUCGGAAGUCUUUCUACCCUUCAAGUGGUGCUGUUGACCUCUUCCACCACGGUGGUAGCAUACUACUGGCUGCAACAGUUAUGGUUUUGGUUGCGACCCCAGAACACGGGCUACCCUAGUCCUGGAGUGAUGACUCCGUCUGUAUUGGGACUGGGUAACGAUGAUACGCUAGUGUUCAAUAGCGCUGGACUACCCGUGCCCUUCGAAAAGUAUGGGACUAAAAGGUUUAUGGUUGACUUCGAGAAUAAGGUCGCCUAUCCCGUACAUGCCCCGGAAGACUUUCUGGCACUGUAUGCUGGUAAGUAUGUUGUAUCCAACGUGCUAUCUUACCAAGUGGCUUUACUUUAUCGACUUAACUAUGAGUGGCUGCCCAAGCUCGCUUACAAGUACCAGGUUUUCAGAACACAUAUCCACGACAGCCUCUCCGCUCCAGCACAUCAACUAGGUGCAUAUUGUCUGCCAAGCUAUUCUGCAUUGAGGCAAAUAGCUGCCUCUGCAAGCGAUAAUGUGCGGGAAAUAGUGACUAUAUACAUUCAACGGACAUGCCGAACAGUGGAGAUCUCCUAUGAAGGGGCAGUUCAUGCAUUAAGUACUAUGUUCAGGGAGCUGCAGCCAAAACUGAAUAUACCACUCCAGAGGUUCGAAAGUAGGCUUAUAUCUAUAAAGCAAAGAACGGUGGAGCCCUUGCUACAGUCUGGUCUGCUUAACUACAAUGCUCUCAGACGGUGGGGACUGAGAAAGACGGUCCUGGUCGCUACACAAGUGCGCAAAUAUGUGGCCAAGUGUGCCUCUAUCUUCUGA